AUUGCAGCAGCAGCAGCAGCAGCAGCAGCAGCAGCAGCAGCGACGCGCCGGCAACGGCAACGGCAACGGCAACGAGUUCGAUAAUCCGACGAUGGACAGCCAAGCGAGAGUUUGAGAGUUCGUUGAACGCGAUACAUCUCGUCGGCGGACCGCCGGUCGUCCGAGCCGAGUUUCGCAAGAUGACGAGUCUCGCUUGCCCCGCGAAUGGAUCCAGGAUAAAGGGUGCGUAGGACUCGGCCGGCGCGCAGAGCUACAGGAACCGGAUCCAGCAUGGGGAAGUGUUGCAGCAAGCGGCAAGAGCCUCAACCGAUCGGUUAUAAGAAGGCGGACACGGGACUGAGUUCAAAGCACAGCAAUGGAGGUUCCUUGGACCGAUACACUGCCGACCCGAAUCAGAGAGGCGUGCAAGCCCGGGCGGAUAUUAUCCGGCCGAGGCAGACACCCUGUAAGCUACAGAUACCGCAUCAACCCCGUAAAACGAGUCCGCCUAUUACGUCUGCAUCGCAUUCACAAAGGUCCAACAAGAUCGUGGUGGCCCUGUACAAUUACACAGCGCGGGAAAGUACCGACGUUAGUUUCAUGAAAGGCGACCGAAUGGAGGUCCUGGACGACUCCGAGCCGGACUGGUGGAGAGUGCUGCACUUAACGACCCUGCAGGAAGGCCUGAUCCCUUGGAACUUCGUGGCUGUCGAGCGUUCGAUCGAGAGCGAAGAUUGGUUCUUCGAGAAUGUAUCGCGCAAGGAGGCGGGCACGCUGCUCCUGGUCGAUGAAAAUCCUCGUGGUACCUUCUUGGUCAGACCCAGCGAACACAAUCCCAGGGGUUACAGCCUGUCGGUGAAGGACUGGGAGGAAGGCAGGGGCCAUCAUGUGAAACAUUACAAGAUUAAGCCGCUCGACAACGGCGGCUUCUUCAUCGCCACCAAUCAGACGUUCCCCAGCUUGCCGGCUCUCGUGAUGGCAUACAGCAAAAACGCGCUGGGCCUCUGCCACGUGCUGUCGAAGCCUUGCCCGAAGCCACAGCCAGACAUGUGGGAUCUCGGGCCGGAGUUACGCGACAAGUGGGAGAUCAACCGGAACGAGAUCCAGCUUAUCCGGAAACUCGGUCACGGCAAUUUCGGCGAGGUGUAUUACGGCAAGUGGCGGAACAAGACCGAGGUGGCGGUGAAGACACUGCGUCCCGGGACCAUGUCGACCGAGGCGUUCCUGCAGGAGGCGGCGAUCAUGAAGCAGUUCCGGCACAGGCACCUGGUCGCGCUUUACGCGGUCUGCUCGAAGGAGGAGCCCAUCUACAUCGUGCAGGAGUACAUGUGCAACGGUAGCCUGCUGGAUUUCCUGCGCACUGGAGACGGCAAGUACAUGCAGUUCGAGGACCUGAUCUACAUCGCGGCCCAGGUGGCGUCCGGUAUGGAGCAUCUCGAGAGCAAGCAGCUCAUACACAGGGACCUGGCGGCGAGGAACGUGCUGAUCGGCGAGAAGAACAAGGCGAAGAUCUGCGACUUUGGCCUCGCCAGGGUGAUCGAGGACGACGAGUACUGUCCGAAGCAGGGCAGCAGGUUCCCCGUCAAGUGGACCGCGCCAGAGGCGAUUGUCUACGGUAGGUUCAGCAUCAAGAGCGACGUCUGGUCGUACGGGAUCCUGCUGAUGGAACUCUUCACUUACGGACAAGUUCCUUAUCCGGGUAUGCAUGGUCGCGAAGUGAUCGAGCAAGUGGACAAAGGCUACCGCAUGCCGAAACCGUUGAAUCAUCCGCUGCCCGACAGCAUUUACCGGUUGAUGCUACAGUGCUGGGACGCCAGCCCCGAGAAGCGACCCACGUUCGAGUUCCUGAAUCACUAUUUCGAGUCGUUCAAUGUAACUAGCGAAAUACCGUAUCUCGAACCGCCGACGGACUGAUAUACAGCCCAUAUGCAAAGCCACCUGCCGCCGCACCGUCACUUUCACCCAGCCCACAUCAACUGUGCCAUGGAAUUUUAUGGUAUUUACUGCUAAGUAAAUUAUUAGCGCGCGCGCGCGCGCGCGUGCGCGCAUCUCGCCGCCCUCAUCGGAACCUUCGCGGAACUGUGGAUGCACCGCUUUCGCGCGGGGAAAAGACUUCGAAAAGAAAGAAAGAGAGAGAUAGAGACUCGAACAACUCGUGUACUUUGCCGACUCGUUGCGUCGGCGUUUUUUCGAUCGCGAAAUUUUUCUACAAGUUUUGGCGACCAAUCUCUUUACGGAAGAAACCAAACGAAAUAAAAAAGAAACAACACCACGAACUCUCUUCCCCCUCCGCCCACUCUCCUCACCCAUCCAUCCCUUCGCCUGUGUGUGUGUGUUCUUAAUGUUUUGCGUAUAGCACCGAAACUCGGAUCGGAAGUUGAGUGUGCUAUGAUGUUUCUGUUUUCUUUUUAUUUUUUGUAAAACGUAACGUAAAACUCCUCGCGAGAACGUUGACGAGAUUUUAAUCCUCAUGACCAAUCAAUCAAUUGUGCGUUAAUCAUUAAUGAACAUGUAGCAAUCGAGCUAGAAGAGAAAACUAUCCGCGAUCGAGGAUCGCGCGUAUUAUUCAUCGGCGAGUCGCGUUUUUCUCGCCCUUACUGCCCUGCCCCCCCCCAUCCUCGCCCCCGCGUCCCCGUCCUCCUCCGCGACUACCCAAGCGCGUUUUCAUACUUUUGACGACAAACAACUAAUAAAGACACUAGCGAUGUUGGUAAAUUUAGGGACAAACAAGUCACGGUAUUAGAGAGUAAACGGGAUAUAAUAAGUUGGAAGAUGAGAAAAAUUGGAAAUUAUAUAGAUUAUAUACAACAUAAUGGUGUAUUAGUAUGUUAGCGUAUGUUUACGAGAUACACGUAGUGCGAAAGCGGGAGAGAAAGUAAGUAAGUGAGUGAGUGAGUGAAUGAGUGUAUUGUGUGUGCGCGCGCGAGAGAGAGAGAGAGAGAGAGAGAGAGAGAGAGAGAGAGAGAGAGAGAAAGAAAGAAAGAAAGAAAACAAGUAUGCGUACUAGUGGACGCGUGUGUGUUCCCACAAGAGUAUGUUGCAUUUUUGCGUCUCUCAAUUGAUCUCGGAUCGGUCACAUCCGAAUUUUCCUAAAAUCCAAGUUUUGGAUAUAGUCCUCGGAACGAAGAGAGAGAAAGAGAAACGCGCCGAAAGACAAACGGUACCGCGUGCGUACCGCGUUCGCGAAUGCUUUCACGACGUACGUAAAUUGCGAAGCGGGAGGGCUGGGCGUGCUCCGACAGGUGUGUAAGAAUCAUUUGUGACGAGUAUCGAUGCUUCUUUUCGUAACUCGUUCGCCGAGAGGAGAGAAGAGGAGAGCUUGAGCGCGACGCGGGAAGACGUUGGUAUCCCCGAGCGUAAGGUUGGCGCGCACGAGCUGCGUCGAGAAGAAGCUCAUCCUCGAGUACGAUGUUAUCGCCGCUCUCGCUCGGCGUGCAUUUCAUUCUCCCCCGUCGUCGUGCGUGAGUCGCGUGUACGUGUACGUGUACGAGUCUCCUCUUUUUUUCCCUUUUCUUUUACGUGCGCUUUGCCCGUUAUUGCCAUGCAAUAAUAACUUCGUUUCGGUUGUAAAACGCACGCGCACGGGCACAAGAUGCGAUCGCGACUCCGGCAGGAGUGAAGCAAGUUUCGUCGGGAGAAGACAAUGGCUACUCGUGCGUCCAUUUGGCAGUUUCGUUCUCCGCGAACCGCCUUUCUUCUCGCCGAUCCAACGCGAACUCUCGACUUCAGCCGGCGCGCGGUCGCGGUUAAGCUUUCAACUGUUCGAUCGUUUUGUUCACUUGGCGUUCUGUUGCCGCGCUCGAUCGCACACAGAGAUGCGUUUAACGUGAUCGGCGUUUCUAAUGCAUACAAAUUGCUGUACGCGCGCGAUACAACAGCGCCUCCGAGCAGACAUCCUGCGGAAACGCAGUGAGAAUACCUCGCACAAAUUCGCGUCGCUUUCAUUUCGCAGGUCGUUGUGCAGCUUCGUUGCGAAUCGCGACGCUCUUUUUUCUUUUUUUUUUUUUUUCGGAAACGAGCUGUCGGGUUUUAUUGAGAGGAGAGGAGAAAGAGAAGGAGGGUAUAAGAUUUAAGAUAGAAGAGAGAGAGGGAAAGCGUAGAAAGUCGAGAGUCGGAAAUAACGGAGAAAGAGAUAGAGAGUUAUUAGUAUCAGGAUAAGUGCGAGUGUGUGAGAGUGCGUUUGCGGAAGAGAGAGAUAAGAGGAACAAGAGAGAGAGAGAGAGAGAGAGAGUGUGUGUCCCCGAGCCCGCGUCGCGAUGUAGACCGAUGCGACAUGGUUUUACGUACGUACACGAGAGGGGGUGAGAAAAAGUCGGGAAUGCAAUUUCGGAUAAACUUAAGUCAUCGAUGUUACUCGUACAAAGUGUCUGAAGAAUUGUAAAUUUUCUACUUAAAAAAGAAAGAGGAAGGAGAAUACAAACGACAGAUUAGAAUAUAGGGAUCCUUAGGUGAUAGGCGUCGAGGAAUCUCGCCGGCACGAUCGGCGACUCCGUGCUCUCCUGGGCGGCUCGAGAACCGUCGAGAAUCUCGCGAUCCUGCGCGUCCGAUUGCCCAGGACUCAACCUUGUCGCCGUCGUCCCCGCGGGACGUGUCAAGCGCGCGAGACCCGGGAUUGAAGCGGUGGCACCGACGUCGGUCAGCGCCGGCUCCGGUCAGCGCUGUCUUGACAAGAGGAAAGCGUGAGAAACGUGGGUCGAGUGGGUGAUCCACAUUUCGAUACACAAGACAAAUUGUAAUACUUGACCGUGAAUACUUGAGAGGGAGAGCGAUGGAUAUUGUAAAAACGUUCAACUUACUGAUCACGCCGAAAGUAAUCGUUGUGUCGGCCGCUCCAACGAGCGACCAGUGUCGCUCGGGAUAUCGUCAUCUUCACUCCCCCGCUAAUAAGGGAGAGCGAAUCGUUAACCGGAAUUACUCAACUCGGACUGUUGGCGCAAUCAUCUGGCUCGACUGCUGCAACGCAAUCGUGCGCGGUUGACAGCGAUUAAUCUUUUCCCUCUAUUAGCGUUACGAGAAAAAUCACGAUCUCAGGGGGGUAGCGUUGGGUAUCUCGUUGGCUUAGAGUGAGAGGCUGUAAGAAUGCGCAAUGUUAUAAAAUAUUCCGAGAUACCGCCGCCUCGAAAGUCCGCUCGAUACAACGGUCGAUCGACUUCUCCUCUUCCGUCUCUCCGUCUGUGCAUCUCGUUGGGAUAGUUUAAGAAAAAAAAAAAAAGAAAAAAAAGGAAAAGGGAACAAAAGAUCGUUGACCGGAGUCGAUGAGAGCCAAGAGCGUCGGUGCGAUCGAUUCUCAAUGUAUACAUUUUACUGUGUCACGAUAAAACACGAUGAGCCAUUACGAUACGAUAGCUAUUAGCGAUUAAAAGUGUGGAAGCAGUGGACGAGUGCGUUGUGCGUAUGCGAGCGUAGGAAAUUGUUACAUCCGUGUCAGCGCGAUCGUCUUUUCACGCGCGCGAGAAUGUCGCGACGCGAUAACGCGUCGCGACGCUCGACAAUUCGCCGAUCUCUACGAGACGCGAGCGUCCCUCGGGAAGCAUUGUGAAAGCGUCUUAUCAGACGCCUUAAUUCCCGGGAUGUACCCCGAGCGCAUCUCGGAUUUGGCAUUCGCCGUUCGCAUAAAUCCGUCGAGAUCUAUGCGACCAUUUGACAAGAGAGAGAGAGAGAGAGAGAGAGAAAAAGAAAAUCCUGAAUAACUUAUAUUUUUUUGUUAAGCUUUACGAGACUCCGAAAUGUGGAUCUCGGAGCAUCUCUCUGGCGAGAGGCAGAAAAAGUUGCACGUUACUUGCGCGGGGCAGCGCGCGUGAAAAGGCGUUCGUGUUUGCGUAGCGUUUAGGGAGUAGAUAUAUUACGUCCAGUACAUUUUUUCUAUGAGCGUUUUGUACCAAUGAACUUGUUUUGACGAUCAUGAUCGCUGCCGUAGGUCGUAGUUUAGAAAUACGUAGAGGUCGAACCAAUGUAAGAUUGACCGGAUCGAACGACGACUGGCCGGCAGAAACGCCCCGAGAGACGUCGUCGUCGACGAACUUACGGGCGCUUGGAUGUCUGCGGGACUGCGGCUUCCUUCGGGUGUCUCGACGAAGCAGAUCUGAGGGGCCGAAAGGUCCCUUGGGAGGCUGUAAAACAUCUCAAGGGCGUUGUUGUGCCGCUCGAAGGAUAUCCGAAGGAAAUGAAGAGAAUCUCUGUCGGACGCGCCUCUCGAUCUCGUUUUUACGACGUCCGACGUGCGACGAGAUGCGUCGAAAGGCUCGAGAGACGAGCUGCUUCAGACGGCGUCUCUGUCGAAUCUUUCCAGAGUUCCCGAUGUCUCCCCGGGGCUUUUCUGUUGCUCAGGGUGAAAACGCCGAGUUCGAGCGACCCGAAGCGUUCGCGUUAUGUGGUAUUAUCUUCGCGUAGAUUGUUUCAUUCGGAUCACAUUUGGACCAUGUAUUUACAAAUUAUCGCGGUAAAGGCGUCACCGGCCUUUCUCCACUGAAUCUAGAGACUGAUAUAUCGUUUA